AUGCCUUCAUCACACACUUACAGACCAUUUUCACCACACCCUUCCAGACUACCUGGCUCCUCGCUCCGAAAUCGCCCCAUUCCCACCAAAUUCCUCACCGAAGAAAAUUCACGCAACCACCUAGCCCGUGCAUGGCCCGCACGCCGAAAAUGGAUUCUCCUGACCGUCAUCUCAGCCUGCCAAACCAGCAUAGCCUUCAACGCAGCUAGCUACUCCAACGCCAUCCCCUCACUAAACACGUAUUUUGGCAUCGGCAAUGCCCAACUGGGAAUGACAGCCUUCCUAAUCUCGCGCGCGGUCGGGUGCAGGCUCUGGCGCCCGUUUUCAGACGACAUGGGCCGUAAGUCAGUCACGCAGGCUUCGCUUGGUCUCACCAACAUGUCCGUUCUGAUUUCCGCGUUGUCAAAAAGCUCUGGAGGAGUCAUUGGGGGGAGGAUUCUGGGCGGAUUGUCGUCGGCUGGGUGCGGCGUAACUAUGAGCAUCAUCGAAGAUAUAUUUGACGAGGACGAGGAGUUCUGCGCCGCCGUGUGGGCAUCUCUCUUCAGCUGCCUUGGCACUGUCCUUGCUGGCGUUGUUGGAGGCGUGGUUCAACAGUUCCUUGACUGGCGAUGGACCUUUUGGCUUCAGCUUAUUCUUGGGGUAGCUACACAGUUGCUUCACUGGCUGUUUGCGGAAGAAAUGCGGGCGUCAGUUCUGCUAGAUCGGGAGGCGAAAAGGCAAAAAGAGGAGGGCAACACGAAUGUUCAUGGACCCAAUUACGACGAAGCCUGGAUGGAGAUGUGCCAAUGUCACAAAUGGGUCAUGGCAACGCUCCGGCCAUACGAGAUGCUCAUCUCCGAGCCUGGCAUCCUACUCUUCGCUCUGCUGAGCGGCUACCUCGAUACCCUCAUCUUCUCCUAUUCUGAGAGGUACAGCUAUCUCUUCCAGCAGUGGCACUUCACACCUGCGAGCAUUUCCUUCAUUCUUGUCGCAUUGGCAGCCUCUUGUAUGGUGGGUUACACUACCUUCUUCCCUUUUAUCAGUCGCCAAAAUGCGCGACACACCAAAAGCGAAAAAGUGGUUCCUAGGGCUCUCCUCGAUCGUCCUCUGUACUACGUAAUCUGCUUUCCACACGGUCUAAUCGUCUUCACUUUCGCCGUAGCAGGACCGCCGCUCCACUGGUUUGGUGUAGCUGUCGCGUCUGUUCUGGUUGGAAUCGCCAAUAUCUGGUUGUGUUUGGCUUUGCUGUUUCAUUCUGUGUACUGGUACACAUCCCGUACUUUAGGGGUCCGAAAGUCCGCGUCAAACAAAACUUCGCAAAAUAUUCGAAGGCCAGAAGGGGCAGUGCCUAUUAAAGGAGGGCUUGAGAUGAAGGAGUGCUGUACAUAG